GAACUCUCGAAGGAUGAACUCCUUGGCAUUGGUGAGGGACCAGCCGAGGCAUCAUCCGAGGGCGUGGACUUGUCGGCCUGGAUAGAGUCGGGGCUGGCCGACAUGUUGAAGGAGGGAGGGGAGAUGCAGGAUGGCGCCCCUACCACCGACAACAUGGACACAGACUAGUGUCCUACAAGCAAACCUCCAGCACAGCGUGGCCGCUACGGCCCAACUGAGGCGCUGUCUGGUAGGUUUGCCAACGGCCGUUGCCCUCCUGCAAGAACCCUGGACGGGCAACGGACUCAUACGUGGGCUCUCCGACACCAAAGGCUGUUGCGACCUAGUCCUUGCCUCGGCGUACAUGCCUGGAGAGGACGAACCGCCGCCUGCGGAACUACAACGACUGGUCAGCCACUGCGAGGGAGCAGGCCUCGCGAUAAUCAUCGGGGCCGACUCCAACGCACACCACCCGCUGUGGGGAAUGGAGACCAGUAACAACAGAGGUAAGACACUUGUUGAAUAUCUUGUGACUACUAAUCUAAACAUCCUAAAUGUAGGCGCCGAACCAACAUUUGUUAACAAACGAUGCAGGACGAUUAUAGACCUGACUCUGGCGUCGGAGGAGAUCAGUGAACUUGUUAUGGGAUGGCACGUCUCUCAGGAGGCCUCCUGCUCAGACCAUAGAUGGAUUCGCUUUAAUCUACUAGCAUCUAGUGACACACCAAUCGCCCGAAGGAACCCUAGGAAAACGGACCGAACCACUUUUAAGAAAACACUAGGUGAAAGCCUCGAGCUGCUUCCUCCGAGGGUUGACCUUCGGGAACCGAUUCAAAUAGAACAGCAGGUAAACAACUUAACUGAUGCCCUAGUAACUUAA